CGCAGUGGUGGCCCCAGCACGUUUUACCCUGGGAGGAAAUGAAGAAAAUGGGAGGAAGAAAAUCCCAAGAGCUCUCGCAUAUAAACUAUACUGAGAUACUCAAGCAGUGCCUGGCUGCGGGUUAUGAAUAUUUUGGGUAUGAUCCCUCGACCUAUUUCUGCAGUGAUCCCCCGGACCUGGAGACUAGUUACACCGAGGAGACCAGCUACGACGAGUACAGCGCCCUCGCCCUAUCCUCCGACCAGGAUAUGGAGGUUCAAGAACAUGAACUACAGAUAGAUCUUGGAGCAACUAGCUCUGAGAGCAAAAUAAUAGAUCGAGACCAACAAGAUCAAAUAUUGUGCAAAUAGAACAGAGAUAUUUGAUACCAUGACAACAGUGAUUAAUAGACUAAACGUUGGAGAGAAAAGGUGGCAUUAGAAACAAAAAUAAUAUUAGAGCUUUAAACCAAUACGUCAAAACCAUUUACUUAGGAGCUUAACGCUA